GUGUGAGGUAUCGGAGAUCGGAGUGAAUUGAGUUUUGAGUUUCAGUGAGAGCCGAGCGGUUUGACAGAUAGGUCGGUUUCUUAAGAUUUUUAAUAUUAUGGAUAAAGUACACGGGGUUGCGGCCCUUAAAGUCAAUGGGGACGAUUUCUACGAUGGCUCCAGGAGUUUCGAAGGACUUUCUGAUAUCGUCGGAUUGCCGGUUGAUCAGAUGAACUUCGUUAUCAGUCAAUUCACAGCACUCAUUUUGGCUGCAUUAUUUCGUACGUCACUGAGGCCAGGAGUGGUUUCUCCAGUGGCUCGUCAUACAUUUGGUUUGAUCGUUGGGCUCUGUAUGGGGUACUUCUGUUUCGGCAAACAAGCAGUUCAUUUGGCAGGACUUCCAGCGAUAUGUUACACCAUAAUACGCACACAAGAUCCGCGUAUAGUCCAGAGAGUCGUGUUAACCGUUGCGCUGGGAUAUCUCUCGUCCAUUCAUUUUUACCGGCAAAUGUACGAUUAUGGAUCGUACAGUCUUGAUAUAACGGGUCCACUAAUGGUUAUAACGCAAAAAGUCAUAAGUCUUGCGUACAGCAUUCACGAUGGUUUUACACGUCGCGAACUCGAGCUGACAUCACUCCAACGUCAUCAGGCCGUUAAGAUCAUGCCAACUACACUGGAAUACUUCAGCUAUGUACUCCACUUUCAGGCGUUAAUGGCCGGCCCCGUCAUUUUUUACAGGGAUUAUAUAGAUUUUAUUCAUGGAACUAAACUCAAUGGGACAUCAUUUUCGGGAUUCUAUGAUGAUUCUUCUAAGCAUGUUAAUGAAAUUGUUUUGGAGCCGUCACCAACUCAAAUUGUAAUGAAGAAAGUAAUUGCUAGUCUAACAUGCGCUGUCUUGUUCGUCGUGUUUAUUCCAGUAUUUCCAAUACAAAGAGUAAAAGACGACGAAUUUUUGGAUUCAUCGAUGGCCUACAAAAUUUGGUACCUGAUGAUCUCAACGAUGAUGGUUCGUUUCAAAUAUUAUUACGCAUGGCUGUUUGCAGAUGCAAUCUGCAAUAACUCGGGACUAGGAUACAACGGUCUCGAUGCUGAGGGGAAGCCCCAAUGGGACCUCUUCUCUAACAUAGAUGUAUUUAAAUUUGAGACAUCACUGAGUCUCAAGGAGUCGAUUGAGGCCUGGAAUAAAGGCACUAACAACUGGUUAAGAAUGGUGACCUAUGAAAGAGCUGGUCGCCACAAAACCAUUUUCACUUUUGCUCUUUCAGCCAUUUGGCAUGGAUUUUAUCCAGGAUACUACCUCACAUUUGCCACUGGAGCACUUUUUACAUUUGCUUCACGCACAGUCCGCAGAAGCAUUCGACCUUACUUCUUGGGCUCAAACAAUAUGAAAUUGUUCUAUGACGCUGUUACUUUCAUCACAACGCGUGUGUUCAUGGCUUAUCUCACUUUCAGUUUUGUCCUACUUGAAUUCAUGCCGAGUGUCAAAAUAUACAUUUCCAUGUACCUGAUUCCACAUCUGCUGAGCCUGGUAGCAAUUUUAGUCCUUCCAGUAUUACCAUUGGGAUAUGUGAAUUGCAAACGCCAAUUACCAUCUACCAAUGGCCAAAGCAAUUUUCACCCUACCAUCAUACAACCGGAACAACACAAUGGACUCUCAAAGAAAACUCAAUGAGUCUCUCUUCCUGUCUACGAUUUUUACACCUUUUAUAUUUAUAAUGUUUAAAUCUUUGUACUCAAUUUUAUAUUAAUAUCUCUAAUUAUUAUUUUUGCAGAAAAGAUAUUCUAGUGUGAAUUCUUCCACUUGUGUAUUUGUUUUUAUAAAUGAUUAACAUCAUCUCCGAAUGAAAUUAAUGAAUUUUUUUAUAACGCAUACAAAUGAGGGGGUUGAAGCUCCAUUCUUUUUCAAACCGCUAGCAUAUCGGCUUCCAAUAUCCGCAAUGCUGUGAACAUGUGAUUUUAUUGUAUUUCAAAUCAAUUAUUCUUGGAAAUGAAAGUUAUAUUAAUGUAUUAUACGUAUUGAACAAGUUUUUAAUAAAUACUUAUGUGAAA